GUACAUUCUCUUGUAACCCGAUAUUACAAUCGAGUUUAGGAUGUUGGACUAGAGGGGACGGGUUUCACCUCUGUGGCUGACUAGGGCGAAUCUGAAGAGAACACGGAGUUCGGGGUUGUAUACUUGUGGCCCAGUAAAUCACAACGUAAUGGCGAUGAGACCAAAGACUGAGGGUGACCCGAUACAACCGAGUGUAGACCAGCUCAAGAAGCUACUGAAGUGGUACGAUAUCCAAGGACGAGGAAUCCCACCUGAAGAUUUCUUCACCCAUAUGAGGAAAUGCUGUGUGCUGGUUCCCCUCUUCCUCAAGGCUGGCCAGUGGCACGUGCUGCUGACCGUUCGGUCGAGUCGUCUGCGCAGUGAUCCUUCCGUCGUAGCCUUUCCCGGAGGUCAGCGAGACGAAAACGACGCCGAUGCGGCACGCACUGCGCUGCGUGAAGCGGAAGAGGAAGUUGGUUUGUUGGAAUCCCAGGUGGAGAUCGUAGCUCGUCUGUUUCCCUUUGUUGCACCACCAGACUAUUGCAUCUCUGUGUUCGUUGGAAUCAUUCCUCCAGACUUUAUUCCCAUACCCUGUUCGAGCGAGGUGGAAGAAGUAUUUGACAUUCCGCUUAAGGCCUUCCUUGGCAAAGACUACACUGUUAGAGAAACCGAUUUCUAUGGCGUCAGAUUUGAUGUUCCGUACUUUGCCGUGCCCAACAAACCACUGACAGUUUGGGGUCUGACGGCUUUCGUGAAUGUCAUGGUGGCAUUCAUUGCUUAUAGAAUUCGCCGCAAUUUUCGUUUUAUGCGUAACGUAGCUCAUGCACAGUAUGAGGAAAAAGACAUAUUUGCUGAUCUGAAAUUAUUAUUUUUCUACUGUGGCCACAGGGCAGUUCUUAAUAGAAAAAUAAUUCCAUUAUCCAAUCUGUGAACAUUAUGAUGUAAAGACCUAAUACUGAUGGACACAGUUAAGACAACUCAUGGUAUUUGAUACAGAAUUUAAUUUACUAGACUAGCAGUAGAGUAGUUAUGACUUAAUAUAAUACAUAUAUGUAAUGUGGUACUGAUUGUCAGUACCGUGGGGUUGACCGCCAAUAAUAAGGUUAAUUUCCUGAUACUGUGGAUGAGGGGUUUGGUUGCAGUUAGUAUCUUUUGUUACUAUUAUGUGGUCCGAACCAGGGCUUCUAGAAUUUUGUAAAAAUCCACUAGCCAUGGGAUCAGUGAUUUUUAAAAAUGUACUAGCCAUGAUUAAAAGUUCACUAGCCCUACUUUAAAUAAAUACAAUUCUACUACUAAUUAUAAUCAGAUAUGUCACCCAAAGAGGAAGAUUGAGCUUAAAAAUCCUUAGAUUGGGGUGGAAAGAAGGGGCAGGAUAUUCAUAUUUACAAAAUAUGUAAAUGCAGCAUAUGACAAAGUGUUUUUUCCACUAGCUGUCAGGCUAGUUAUAGUAAUUAUCUAUUAUUAGCCCAACACUGAAUAUCACUAGCCAUGGGAGUGGGGCUAUCAUAACCUAGAAGCCCUGAAGUCAUUGAAGUGUUCCCUUAGACUUUUAUAAUUUUGGUGUGUAUUUUAAACCUGUAUUGUAUAACAAACAAUACACUAUUCUGAUAUAAUCCAAUGCAAUAACCGGUGGUCUUUUCAUUGAAAUUCAUUUAACAAAGUUGUUAAUCCAAAAGUUGUAGCUUAUUCUUGUUACAAUGUCAACGAAACUCCCAAUAUAUUCAGAUCAGCAUCAAAUAAUGAAAUAUAUAUAUUUUUUGCACUCAUAUCCCUUAAGUCAUGGAAUUGCCCAUUGGAAUAGGCGUGAGCAUUUGGAUAUGGACUUUUCUCAUUAAACCGUUCUCUGACUGGGUUUUUUCCUUUCCAACCAGUGCACCACGACUGGUAUAUCAAAGGCCGUGGUAUGUGCUUUCCUGUCUGUGGGAAAGUGCGUAUAAAAAUUCCUUGCUGCUAAUGGAAAAAUGUAGCGGGUUUCGUAUAAGACUAUUUUCUAUCCAGAAAAAAGACCGACCAGCGUAGACUUUUUUUGAAAAAGAAAAAUGUCGAUCAACAUUUUUCAUUUGGGAAUGUACACUUUUAGGAGGCGGGCAGGAGGGUGGUCAAAAGUGUACUCUUUGUACACUUGUGAAAAUUUUGAAAAUUAUGGACGGCCCCUUAGGCUUUAGACUUAACUCCUUUACAUAAUAAUUAAAAUAAACGAAGCCCGAGCAAGUCUAAGAGGUUUUGACUGUACAUUAUGAUGAAGUACUAGCAUAAGAAACCGUUUAGAGGGACAUUUUCAUAAAAUAUCGACAAGUGCCAUUUUUGAACAGAAAACAAAUAGAAUUGAGUUGAUGGAUGUAUACAUUCCCAAUUCCAUUAGGCCUAUGCUCUUGACAAUACCAUCAACUCCAUUAAAAAGAUUAUAAUAAAACCCACUGUAUAUUAAUUAUUUAAACAUAAUAAUUAAAUCAUAUGAAAUCCA